AUGGCUACCGAACUUCAACUUAAUGAACGCCAACCAAUAUUAACUUCAUCCGAAGAAGUUAAUCUUUCAAAUCCUGUUACUUCAACAACAGUACCGGUUGAUACUCAUACAACCGUUGUUCGAAAAAAUGUUGAUGUUGAUGUUGUACCCGAGGAUAAAAAUAAAUUUAUUCAAGUUAUUCGUCCAUUAUUGGUUGAACUUAUUGGUACAGCAUUAUUUGUUCUUAUUGGUAUGUGGGGAGCAUGUUCCGAAGGUGGUGUUAUUGCUGCUGCAUUAUCAUUUGGUCUUGCAUUAAUGGUUCUUGCUGCUAGUUUUGGACAUAUAUCAGGUGUUCAUUUUAAUCCAGCAGUUACAAUUGGUGUUUUAAUUGCUGGUGAAAUGCAAGCAGUAAUGGCUAUACUUUAUGUUGGCAUGCAACUCUUAGGAGGUAUUGCUGCUGGUGGAAUUUUACGUUUAUUACUUGUAGAUCGUGUUUAUCAAAAAUGUGCUGGUGGAGCUACACUAUUAAAAGAAUAUCCUGCUUACAAUUUAACAACAGUUAAUGGCAUAUCGUAUCAACCAGCUGAGAGUGUUGGAAUUUGGCAAGGUAUUGCAAUUGAAUUGAUUGUAACAUUUGUACUUGUUACUGUUAUUCUUAUGGUUGCACUUGAUACAAAAUCAAAAACAGGUCUUGCACCAAUUCUUAUUGGAUUUACAUUAGCUGUUAAUAUUCUUGCUGUUGGAGCAUAUACCGGUGGUUCACUUAAUCCGGCUCGUUCACUUGGUCCAGCUAUUUUUGCUACUCAAUGGCAUAAUCAUUUUGUUUAUUGGAUUGGUCCACUUGUUGGAGCUAUUCUUGCCGGUUUUCUUUAUCGAACGGUUUGGGCUCAUUAUGAUCGUCGUAUGUUUGUUAAACGUACAGGAACAACAACAACAAAAGUUGUUAAAGCAUAA